AUGGAGUGCCUCUUUGGAAUCACAGGCAAGGGCUUCGCGGUCAUUGCUUCGGACGGCAAUGCGGCCCGUUCAAUUGUCAAAAUGAAGACGGACGAGGACAAGCAAAAAGUCCUCUCGAAGAACCUGGUGAUGGCCGUCUCAGGCGAGUCGGGAGAUACCAUUCAGUUUGCAGACUAUAUUGAGCGGAAUAUGCGCCUGUACUCGAUCCGCCACAAUAUUGAUUUGCGACCGAAAGCCGCGGCGUCGUGGAUUCGCACGCAGCUAGCCGAGUCUAUUCGUUCGCGUCGGCCAUACCAAGUCAACCUACUGCUGGCAGGCUACGAUGCACCGGCGUCAGAGCCUGCCUUGUACUGGGUCGACUACCUCGGCACCUCGGUCCAAGUGCCAUUCGCCGCGCAUGGCUAUGCAUCCUACCUCACACUGUCUACUAUGGACCGGUACCACCGUCCUGAUAUGUCUCUCGACGAAGCGUUGGCCCUACUUAAGCGCUGCAUCAAUGAAAUGCAAACGCGCUUUGUGAUAGAUAUUGGCCACUUCCAUGUCCGUGUGAUUGACCGCGACGGUGUGCGCGAAGUAGCUUUGUAA